AACUGACACUUGACAGUGACAAGUGUAAAUUGACAUGUUGUACUUUUAAAAAUUUUAUGGCAAAUUAUUUAAUUUAUUACAUAAAUUGAUCAUUCAUUUUAUUCACUAAUCGUAACAUAAAUUGGUAUUUUUAAAAUACCAGUACCUAUUCCGUAAUUAAAUUCAUUACAAACACUAAAGUUCAUAAAAAAUGUCUAAUAUUGUAACAAUAAAUGGAUCAUAAAUCAAGUCUGAAUAAUUGUUUGAUAAGUAUACUUUGAACCCUGUGAAAAAAGGUUGAAUAUGAAAAUUUUGAAUGAAUGGUUUAUUGAAGCACCAUGGGGGAAAAUUGCAUUGAUAUCCUGGGGCUCUCCUGGCGGGGAGCCUGUCCUGCUGAUCCAUGGAAGACAGGACAGCGCCAGCACCUUUAUUCCGUUAUUGGAAUUGAUGCCGGAACAGUAUUACUAUGUUGGUAUUGAUAUGCCAGGGAAUGGGAGAUCUGAUCCUUUUCCAGUAGGUAUUAAAAUAACCAGACUUCACUUCAUAGCCGCCAUGGAGAUGGUGUUGAAGCAUCUUGGUUGGGAGAGCUUUAUAUUCAUCGGACAUUCAAUGGGCUGUGAACAAGGUCUGUUCUACAACGCCGUUCACCCAUGGCGCAUCAGAAAGCAGAUACUCCUGGAUGCUAUACCUUCUCUCCAGCGACUCCAAGUCUUCGAUGUAUCAGAAUAUUUCAAGACAUUCUACGAUAACUACUACAGUAACUAUAUGAAAGAGAAUUUUGGUACCAAACUCUACACCAGAGAGAAGGCGAUAGAGGCUGUCAUGAGAGCGCGAGAGUUGACCAGAGAGCAGGGAGAACUCAUUCUGGAGAGGAAUCUUAUCGAUAUGGGUGAUAGGAUGUUUAGAUUGUCCUGGGAUAACAGACUGAAGUCGCCAGCGCCUCAAAAUUACACAAAUGAGUAUUAUUAUGCGUUGUUUUCCAAAAAUACUCCCCCUACGUUACUACUGUCGGCCAGUGACGGAGCCAAAGGCUACGACAAGGGGAAAGAGGGCGCCCAAAAGUUGAUAGCGGAUUUGAAGAGCAACGUGGCAAAUUUUCAAUUGGUUGAGGUUUUGGGAGGUCACGAUGUGCAUUUUACGAACCCGGACCGCUGUGCGCCACACAUAUUGAAAUUUUUGGAAAAGGAUUUCGGCAGAUCUAAGUUGUGAUUUAUCUGUGAUAUAGAGUAUAAAGUCGCUGAGGUUAUGGAUUAUAGAUUAUGAAAUGAAUGGUUGUAGAAAUAAAUGGAAAAUAAUGUCUUUUAUUUUGACUCAAUAACGAAUUUAACGGCGGUAGCUUAGUUGCGUAUGAAACGGACUGCCAAGAUGAACGUCUGCAGGUUCAAAACCCAAAGGCAACAAUUAUCUAAAAUUAUACGUGUUUUGUGGAUUUAUCGCUUGCUUUAAUGGUGAAGAGAAACCUGCAUAUCUGAGAAAUCCUCUAUAGCAAUUUGAGGCCCGUUGAAGUCUACCAAUCCGCACUAGGACAGCGUGGUGAACUAAGGUCUAAUACCUCUCAGUAGUAGAGGAAGCUUAUGCCCAGCAGUGGGACACUAAAUACUUAAUACAGGGCUAAUAUGGAUUAUUAUUAUAUGGAUUUUAGUAUAUCGAAUUGCUGGUUGUUAUAAAAUGAAUGAAUAAAUUUGGAUUUUAUUUUUGA